AUGGCGGAAUUUUCACUUCCCAAUGGUUCUUAUUUCCUCGGAUUCGAUAGUUCAACUCAAUCGUUAAAGGCAACAGUCUUGGAUUCAAAUCUCAGUAUCAUUGCUUCGGAAUUGAUUCACUUUGAUUCAGAUUUACCUCAUUACAAAACCAAAGAUGGUGUUUACAGAGACCAAUCUAUCAAUGGAAGAAUCGUUUCUCCCACGUUAAUGUGGGUGGAAGCGCUUGAUCUCAUUUUUCAAAAGCUUUCAAAAUCAAAUUUGGAUUUUUCCAAAAUUUCUGCUGUUUCUGGAAGUGGACAACAGCAUGGUAGUGUUUAUUGGAAAAAUGGUAGUUCUAAGAUACUGUCAUCGUUGGAUCAUAAGAAACCGUUGUUGGAACAGCUUGAAAAUGCUUUUUCGAUUAAGGAAUCGCCGAUUUGGAUGGAUAGUAGUACAACGGUUGAGUGUAGGGCGAUAGAGAAGACUUGUGGGGGUGCUUUGGAGUUGGCGAAAGUGACUGGGUCGCGCGCAUAUGAGAGGUUUACGGGACCUCAGAUUAAGAAAAUAUUUGAUCAUCAGCCUGAGGUUUAUAAUAACACGGAAAGGAUCUCGCUUGUUAGCUCGUUCAUGGCAUCGGUUUUUAUUGGUGGUUAUGCUGCUAUUGAUCAUUCUGAUGGUGCAGGCAUGAAUUUAAUGGAUAUUAAAGAAAAGGCUUGGUCGAAAGUUGCACUUGAGGCAACUGCCCCGGGUUUGGCGUCAAAACUUGGAGAUUUGGCUCCUGCAUAUGCUGUUGCUGGAAAUAUUGCUUCAUAUUUUGUAGAGAGGUAUCACUUUAACAAGGAUUGCCUCGUCGUUCAAUGGUCAGGAGACAACCCUAACAGUGUGGCAGGUCUGACACUGAAUAUUCCAGGAGAUCUCGCCAUCAGCCUCGGCACUAGUGAUACUGUAUUUAUGAUCACUAAAGAUCCCAAUCCAGGGCUAGAGGGACAUGUCUUCCCUAGUCCAGUUGAUGCAGAAGGUUACAUGGUAAUGUUAGUCUACAAAAAUGGGUCCCUUACCCGAGAAGAUGUGCGUAACCGUUACGCAGAAAAUUCUUGGGAUACUUUCAAUAAAUUUCUGCAGCAGACACAACCUUUGAAUGAUGGAAAGUUAGGUUUCUACUACAAGGAGCACGAAAUUCUACCUCCUCUUCCAGUUGGUUACCACCGCUACGUUAUAGAAAAUUUCUCAGGCGCAUUGGAUGGAAUGAAGGAGCAGGAAGUGAAGGAGUUUGAUCCUCCAUCUGAGGUACGAGGAUUAAUUGAGGGUCAAUUUCUCUCAAUGCGCGCCCAUGCUGAAAGAUUCGGUAUGCCUUCUCCACCAAAGCGAAUUAUAGCCACUGGUGGAGCAUCGGCCAAUCAGUGCAUCCUCAGCUCAAUAGCUUCAAUUUUUGGCAGUGAUGUUUAUACAGUUCAGAGACCUGAUUCAGCUUCUCUUGGAGCUGCAGUGAGAGCGGCUCACGGCUGGCUUUGCAACAAGAAGGGUGGUUUCUUACCUAUAUCAAAUAUGUACAUGGAUAAAUUGGAGAAAACAUCUUUAAGCUGCAAGCUUUCAGCUAGUGCUGGGGAUCAGGAGUUGUUUUCCAAGUAUGCUGCUGUAAUGAAAAAGAGAACCGAGAUAGAGAAUCGUCUGGUUGAAAAGCUUGGGCGCAUUUGA